UCACGACUUGCCAACCCGAUAUGUAUGCGGCUGAACCCCGGAAAACCAGCAGAAACUAAUAUUCACGGGAGUAAUAGUUUGAUUUGUGUCAUUUCAGAAGAAUGACAGCUCAGAAACAUAAACACGGACUCCUGGCUAUUAAAGAGUUAGAGAAUGUUCUGGACACAUGUAAACUUGAUCUAACUCCAGUUGACGAGGUCUGGCCGAACCUGUACAUCGGAAAUGUGGCCAUUGCUCAAAAUAGAAAAGCUUUGCAAAAAAUGGGCAUCACUCAUGUUUUAAAUGCUGCCCAUUCCAAGCAAGGCAGCAUUGGGGACCAGAGUUAUUAUGGAAAUACAAUUGUAUAUUAUGGCAUCCCAGCAGAAGACACUUCAUCGUUUGAUCUUAGUGUGCACUUUAAACCGGCUUCUGAUUUCAUCCACAAAGCUUUGAGGAAGAAGAAUGGUAAGGUGCUUGUUCAUUGCAUCAUGGGAAUGAGUCGUUCUGCCACUCUGGUUCUAGCGUACCUUAUGCUGCGUCAGCGUCUUACUCUCCGCACUGCCAUCCAAACGGUUGUUUUGCGACGUGCAAUCUAUCCUAACAGGAACUUUUUGAGCCUUCUCCUGGAUUUGGACAUUCAGCUUCAGAGAAAGCGAAUGCUGUGUCCUAUUCUCUGACAGAAAAACAACACAAAUGUAAUGAACACACAAAAGCACAUGCAUUCAUUUUAUAACUAAACGGUGAAGAGGUAACAAGCAAUGAUAUG